CUCUUCUUCUACCGCUCUAGUAUCUCUUUUCUCCUCUCUCAAUAAACUUCACAGCAGCUGCAUCACCACCACCACUGCACCAUCAAACAGGGAAAAAAAGCUGAACUGAGGGUUUUGAUUUCGUAGCAGAUUGUCUCUGGUGAUGCAAUUCAGACAUUAAGGAAUGGAGGAAAAAACUGUUAAGAAGUCUCGAAAAGAGGAGAGAAAAGAACUUAGGUUAGAAAAGCAGAAGCAUCGGUUUACAUCAUGGAUGGAACAUCAAAAACUUAAAAAAGCAAAGAAAGAUUUGAACAAGCCGACCAAGAAAAUGUUAAAGCCCAGAGAAAAUGAGAUAUCUGAGACAGAUGGAAGUGACGAUGAACCUUCUUUGCCAAGGAUAUCGGAAUCAGAAGUUGUGGUCUCAAAAGUACCAAAGAAAAGGAAAGAGACAAAUGGGGUUAAGCGAAAAUCGAAGAGUAAAUUCGAGGAGUAUCUAGACAUGGAAUUGACACAAGGAAGGGUUACAGCCGAAGAGGAUUUAAAACUGGAGAGGAAGCUAGCAAAGAGGCUCAAAGUUAAAGGUCGAAAAUUACAGGGCCUGGAUGAGGGGAUGGAUUUGUUGUUUGAAGGGAUUCCUUCCCUUGUAGAUUCCCUAGAACAUGAAGGUCAGAAUGUUGAAGACGAUGAAAACAAAUCCAAACUCACAGAUGCUAAAAAGCGUAAAAAUAAGAAAGAACAGGAUUCCUCGGAAAAUGAAGGUCAGAACGUUGAAGAUGAUGAAAAAAAAUCUAAACUCACAGAUACAAAAAAACGUAAAAAGAGGAAGGUAUCAAAGCAAGUACUGGAGGAUGAGACGAUUGGAGGAACUCUGAUGGUUCCGAGUGAUACUGCUGAUGUGCCCAGUGGGGAAUCUUCUCGUAAGCCUGCAGCUGUUGAUCCUAAUGCUAAAUAUGUAGCUCCUCAUCUUAGACCUGCAGCAAAUGAAUCUGAAGACUUCACUCGAGCUCGCCGUCAAGUGCGAGGGCUUUUAAAUAGGCUUUCUGAAUCAAAUGUUGAAUCAAUUACAGGAGAGAUAUCGACGAUCCUCAGGACUGUUAGUCGCAGUUUUGGUGCCCAAAUUAUUACUGAGGAGGUUUUGGCUUCCUGUUCCCGAGGACCUCGUGGAAACGAACAGUAUGCUGCUAUUUUUGCAUCUUUUGUUGCUGGGAUGGCAUGUUUAGUAGGCGUUGACCUCGGUGCAAAACUUAUUGCUUCUGUUGCUAAAGCUUUUGAGGAUGAAUUUUUGAACGAAGACAAUCUUUCAUUGCGAAAUCUGACACUUCUACUUUCUUAUCUGUGCAUCUUUGGGGUUUGUGCAAGUGAUUUGAUAUACGACUUCCUGAGCAUUCUGAGCAAGCGAUUAAGGGAGAUAGACGUGUCUAUUAUCUUGACAAUACUACAAUGUUGUGGAAUGAAAUUAAGAGCUGAUGAUCCGACGGCCAUGAAAGAUUUUAUAGUCAGUAUUCAAAACCGAGUAAGCGAGCUGAAGUCUGUACCUGGUGAACAGCCAAUAAGUAACAAACGGAUGGAAUUUAUGCUUGAAACAAUAUGUGAUAUCAAGAACAACAAAAAAAGGGCUAAACAGGAUCCUGUUCAGCACACCCGGAUCAAGAAAUGGUUACAAAAGUUGAGAGUGGAAGAUGUUUUACUCCGUGGGCUGAAGUGGGACAAGCUUCUAGAUCCAAACAAAAAAGGCCAAUGGUGGGUUUCUGGAGAAUUGGCCUCCACGACUAAUAGAGUUGAAGACCUGGCCAGUACCAUUGACAAAGAGGUUGUAGAAGCUCAGAAAUUGUUGCAACUUGCAGCGUCACAAAGAAUGAACACAGAUGCAAGAAGAGCAAUUUUUUAUAUAAUUAUGAGCGGUGAGGACUAUGUAGAUGCUUUUGAAAAGCUUUUGAGGUUGGAUCUUCCAGCGAAACAGGAUAGAGAGAUAAUGCGGGUCGUCGUGGAGUGCUGUAUGCAAGAACAGGUGUUCAACAAAUAUUAUACAAUUUUAGCUUCCAAAUUGUGCAGCCAUGAAAAGAAUCACAAAUUCACUUUGCAGUAUUGCCUGUGGGACCAUUACAAAACUCUUGAUGAGAUGGAGCUGACAAGAUCGCUGAAUCUAGCAAAAUUUGUAGCGGAAAUUCUUUCCACAUUUUCCAUGUCCCUUGCAGUCUUGAAGACGAUUGAUUUCACUGACCCUCAGCAGUUAACUCCGAAAAGGAUCAUGCAUUUUAGGAUUCUCUUUGAGGAAAUUUUCGAGCAAUCAGACUCACUUAUUUGGAACAUCUUUACCCGUAUUGCCAUCAUGCCUGAGCUUGAAAAUUUGCGCAAUGGUAUAGAAUUUUUCGUCAAGCAGUUUGUAGUGAGUAGUAAUAAAAACCUUUCUGGAAAAUUCGCAGUUGCUAAAAAGGCUCUCAAGAAUGUUGCUGGAGUUCUUAUGUAAUGUCGUCUUUGAUAAAAGUUUUUGCUUAAUUUUGAGUUAGUUAAAUAGAUUCUGUUUUACUCUUCAGCAGUGAAUUACGGAUUAAGGUUGCAUUUGGUGUUUUCGCU